UCGAUCUGUCGAAAUUCAAUCAUCAUCAAUUGUGACUAUUAUCGCUCAAGAUGUUCAUAGCAUUGGUUUCUCUUCUUGGUCUAAUUUCUAUUUCUCAGUCCGCCGUAUUGCUGAGAUACGAAUCACAAAUCAUAAAUGGUAGAGACGCAAGGCCGGGUGAAAUACCAUAUCAGAUCUCCCUGCAGCAGUCAGGCAAUGGUUUCCAUUUUUGCGGCGGAUCUAUUCUUAAUGAAUAUUACAUUAUUACUGCGGCUCACUGCGUCAUUGAUGUGAGUGGCGCAGAAAUCAUAAUAGUCGCCGGUACCACGAAUUUGAACCGUCCGAAAAUCAGGCGAACAGUUAAAAAGAUAAUUCGUCAUAAACAAUACAAUCCCGAUGAUUCAUGGCACCACGACAUCGCACUGAUCCAGGUCUUCACGCCGUUCAAGCCAUCAUCCGAUAUUGGAUUCGUAACUCUGCCUGCACAAGAUGAGCCUGUCGAGGAAGGAUCUGUAGCUAGAGUCUCGGGAUUUGGAAGAAUAUCGCAAAACGGACCCGGAUCCAAAAACUUACAACAGGCUAACAUUUUCAUUGCCAGCCAAGAAUAUUGCAAGAAAAUGUACAGCAUGAUUGCGUAUAAUAUUUAUGAUACACACAUCUGCGCCAAUGACCCGAAUGUCAGCAGAGGAUCUUGCAAAGGCGAUUCGGGCGGUCCCUUGAUCGUUGAUGGAAAACUUGUCGGGCUUGUAUCAUGGGCGAAAGCCUGUUCGCUUACUGAUUAUCCGACUGUGUACACUCGUGUACCUUCGUACAUCAACUGGAUCAAGGAAAACACCGUGUGAAAUUAAUUGAUAUACCCUGACAAUCCCCCCAUUUACGAACAUAUAAAAUGAGGUCAUAACACGAGCAAAACAUUGUUACUCUCGCUGGAAUAUACGUUAAGUCUUGUCACGUCUUGCUAAAUCCUACCGCUAAAAUGGUAAAGUUAUUAGAUGCAGAGAUGAAGUUCCAUGUCACGAACAAUAGUUUCCGUGCAAGAAAAUUGCGAUACGUACAGAUUGGUUGCUGCUAUUAAUUGUGCAAAUAGCAGUUACAAAUCUGCAACAAAUUGAAUGUAUGUAUGUAUCGUAAUUCGAAAGAUCUACUAUAAUUGUAUUCAAAUUUUUUUACAAUUUAUUAACACAUUUUAUAUAUCAUAAAUAAGCGAGAAUUUCUUAAUAAUAUACGAAGUGUCUCAAAAUUAACGAGCGGUAACUCUUAAACUCUGGAUUAUUAUAAAGUUAGAUAAGUUGUAAAUAAUCUAGUUAAACUUGCUUUUAAAUUAUGAAUAUAAACUAGUAAGACCCGUCUUCAAAAUUCUGUAAAAUAAACUUUCAAGAUACAUAAUAACGUAAUACGUAUAUAAUCAGAAAAGAAUAAGAGCAACAAUUUGUCGUAAUUCUCUUUAGCGUCUGUUCAAUCGAAUUAAAUCAGUUUGCACAAUUAAAUCUAUUAUGUAAAUAAUAUAUCUUUUAAGUAACAUGUACUUCUCAGCCACUCUUCAUUUAUGAUUAGUUAUCACGCACGAUCAUGAUUAUUCCUAUAAUCUACCUCGCCGUCCUGACGAUAAUUAACUUAUCCCUGUAGUGCUGUUAACUUACCAUGAACGCGUCAGCCGUAAAUUGCGCUUGACUAAUUACAGUGAUGUUAUGUAAUGUUACGGUAAUACCGCGACUAACAUUUCGUAAUAUUUUCGCGAGUUAUAAAAAAACUUUGAUAAUUUCCGCGGUUAGAAAUGCGUGAUAAGAAAACUUUGAUAUUAUCCGUAUAAUCCGUGUAACGCAUUUCCCAUGAUAUACAAUUUGCAAUCUGUCGAGCGCAAACGCGUCGAAUCAACCGGCCAAGUUUAUGCAGGAGGAAAUACUUGUUGAUUUGAUACGAUCUUCUAUUUGUAUGCGCCAUUGCGUUUGAGAUUAACGUUUUAUUAGUUCAAUAAAUAGACACAGUACAGUUGUGGC